AUGUCAAGAGACCAAUACAACAUUCAUGACAUAAUUCCAAAUAUGAAGAAAAAUUGGACUGUCUUGAUUCAAGUUUUGGAAUGUGGACACAUACAACUAAAACAGGGAACAAGGGUGCAAGCAUUAAUCUGGAGCAAUGACCUUGACUAUUAUGAAAAUACUUUCGAACCCUACAAGCGUUAUCAAAUAUCAAAUGCUAAUUUGAUAUACACUGAACCACGUUUUCAACUUGAUUCAUAUGAAUAUUCAUGGACACUAAGCAAACUGACACUCAUUGAACCUUUUCAAGAUGAAACCUCACCAACACUCACAUGCAAUUUCACCUUUACUCCCUUUAGUGACCUGUACAAAUAUGCAGAUGAGGAAAGAGAUAUAAAUGUAAGGGGUAUUGUAAUAAAAUGUUUUCCAAGUCAAAAGAUGAAACAAGGCCAAGAGCCAUCUUCAAAAAGAGAUGUAAUCAUUGUUAACGAAGAGAAAAAACUUUUAAUAUUAACAUUAUGGAAUUACAUCAAUGAAAAUGAAGGCAAUACCUUAGAACAAAUAGUGGAAUUCGGGCCAAUGAUAUUCGCACUGAGAGUAAAGGUGACAACUUUCUACGGACAAUCACUCUCAACAAGUAGUAGCUCUGCAAUUCUUAUAAAUCCACCAGUGACAGAUGAUUUACAGCUAAAAAAUUGGUAUACAAAUAGCAAAACAGGAAUUAAAAAACUACUUCAACAACAAACAUAUAAGGAUACCGAUAUUCUGUUGCCCCCUCCCCAAGAGAGAGACAUACUUCCGAUAGGCGAAGCAAUUACAAGAAUGAAAAAUGGUAAACCUACAUGGAUAAAAGGAAGUCUUAUGUUGCCUCGUCAAGAUAGAAGUUUCACACAAACAGCAUGUGCCAAUUGUUUAAAACCAGUUGUGGCUGAUGUACAGUGGAUCAUCACAUGCUUUGCCUGCAAAAAACAAUCUAAAGUGCAGCUCUUGUCUAGGGCAAUAGUCGAAAUCGAUGAUGGUACCGGUUCAAUUGCAGCAAUGAUUUCAACGCCAGAAAUUGAAAAGUUUAUGAAAGUCGACUACAAUGAUAUCAAAGAUGCAGGAGAAAAUGAACAAACUGUACAAAAUAUAAUUGCAAAAUCAAUUGCAUCAUUACCACUUCUGGCAUAUGUACGAUCAUAUCAGACAUCAAAUCAAGAAAACCAAACUACAAGAUUCGUCGUUGUGAAGGCACAUAGGCUCCCAGAACAUCAAAACGAAAAUAAACAACAACUCCAACUAUCAAAUAAAGAGGAAACUUUAUCAACAACAAAACAGUGUUCUCCUAAGCAACCACAAAAGCGAAACCAAACAGACAGUGGGAAAGCAAAACUAACAGAAACAUCUACAGCUGGCACAUCAAGACCAACAAAAAAAUUGAAAUAG